UCCCUUGCGCGACUGCCAGACCUGGUCACUCAGGGAGGCGUCAACAUCCAAGAUGGCGACCACUUCCUGGUGAUACUCACGAUUUUUAUUCAAGAGUGGCGAACAAAAGUGGAUAACACAUCUGAACAGAUAGAAACGUAGACAAUAUAGCACAACAAAAUGGAGAGAGGGUUGUCUGUUACAGAGCAAAAGCUCGCUGAAAAGCUGACAAUUCUGAACGAGCGAGGUGAAGGAAUGCUCACUAGAAUUUAUAAUAUCAAGAAGGCCUGCUCAGACCCUAAGUCAAGGCCAGGCUUCUUGAUGGACAAGGCACUGGAACCAUCCAUAAAAUAUAUUGUGCGGAAAUUCCCACAGAUGGAUACAAAGGCAACUCAGCUGCAAGCAGUUCAGAGUAUUCAAAAUGAAGUGAUGAAAGGCCUGUCUAAUUACUACUUCACAUUCGUAGAUAUCAUGGAAUUUAAGGAUAAUGCCAGUGAAUUGCUUACAGCAAUUGAUGCAAGCUUUGUCCACUUUGAUAUUACCCUUAAUUUUGACUUGACCAAGGCAUACUUAGACCUGAUAGUAACCUUGACAGCACUGAUGAUAAUGGUAUCAAGAGUGGAUGACCGUAGAUCUGUUCUUGGUCUCUUUAACCACGCCUUUGAGAUGAGGAAUGGGAGGAGUGAGGAGUCAUUUCCGAGGUUAGGACAGAUGAUUCUUGAUUACGAUAGUCCUCUGAAGAAAUUAGCUGAACAGUUUGUCCCACACCAACAGAGAGUCUCCACAGCACUGCAGUCCCUGCAUGAAAUCUACCUGAGGAAAAGUAUGACAGGAGAACAGUGGCGGCAAGGACAGAUCCUUAGCAUAAUCAACGCUCCAGCAAACAUCUUGGUGCCUGGACAGAGCAAAGUGCCUGCAGUUGAGUAUCUAGAAGUGAGCGUAAUUCAAAGAUGGAUUAUGUUUGGCUACACUAUGUGCCAUCAGCAGCUUGCAAUGCCUGGCAUCACUGACAUUUGGAAGAUGGCUCUACAGGAUGGGUUUUGCAUUACCUUAUUUAGGGAUGAAAUCUUCAUGUUUCACAAAGAGUUUCACAACAUGUUGGAUGGAAUGAAGGGGUAUGGCAAAAGAAUCAAAGACAUUCAGGAUGCAGCUAACCAAAUGGCCGCAAGUGUUGGUAUUCACAAAGAAAGAAGGAAUUACCUGAGGUCUGCGUUAACUGAGAUGACCCUUAUCCUUGCUGAUCAACCAGGACUGCUGGGACCAAAGAUGUUGAUUAUUCUUCAUGGCCUGUCAAUCGCUCAUGAUGAGAUCUUGUGGCUGGUUCGUCAUUGCUGUAACCCUGCCCCUAGGAGCAGGAAACUCACCCAGGAAGAUUUCUUUGACUCGAAAUUGCCUCAUUUAUUAUUUGCUGUGGAAGAGCUACGAAGCAUGGUGCAAAAGUACUCAUCAGUGUUGCAGCGUUACUUCAUCCAGUAUCUGUCUGGAUUUGAUGUCUAUAUGCUCAAGCAAGUUGUCCAGAAAAUCUCUAUUUGCUCUGAAGACAUCUCACUAAUCAUGACAUCAUUCAUCGAUGAGCUUUCAUCUUUGAGUGUCAAGCAAGUGGAGUCUGGUGAACUCUUUGACUUCAGUGGGCUGCGCUUGGACUGGCUUCGUUUACAGGCUUACACUAGUGUUCGAGGCUCCUCACCUGAGCUUAAGGACAACAGGGACUUGGUAGAGCUGAUGAACAAUGUGGUGUUCCACUCCAAGCUAGUGGACCUGCAGGAUGAGACCCUUGCUGAAGUGUCAGACCUCUCGAUAUUCUGUUUUUAUCCAGGUUUCUUUGAAGAAUCAUUUGUCCGGUGCCUUGAAGAUAUAACACAGUCAAGAUAUUGUAUUGCGUUUCCCCUUAUCUGUGGCCACUUCAUGACUUGUACAAGCGAUUUCUGCCCUGAAGAGCGGCAUCCUAUCGGAGACAGGAGUUUGUCUGCAGUGAAUCUCUUCCUGGACUCAAUGGCCAAGGAAGCGCGGAAUAUCAUGAGUCAAGUUUGCUCUGAACAUAUUCAACAACACCAACAGUUGUGGCACACACAUGCUGUUCGGAUGAUGACGGAAAUGGCCAGUGAAAGGAGAACAAAAGACAAGAACAAAAAGAAUGUUCAUGUUGAAUUCAAACCUCCCGGGAUAGAGAGCUUCCGAAAAAGCCGAGAGACACUCACCAGCCUCGACACAAAGCUUCUAUCGUUGACUGAACUGUGUCAUGCGAUCACCCACACCGAGGCCAUCCCGGUGUGGGAACACAUCUUUGCACCAAAGGAAUACCUCAGCAGCCAGCUGGAAGAGUUCUUUGCUAAGGCGGUGGUCAGUAUGGCGCAGUAUGAUAUUGACAAUCAACGGAUCGCACGACCAUCUGAGGUUCUUAGCAAUGUUAAGGCGAUGAUGUCGUCCCUGCGAAGUCUGGAGAACUACACUGGCGUCGACACUGCACGUGUGUUCAACCACGUGUUACUGCAACAGACACAGCCACAAGACAGCCAAGGAGCCAACACUAUCACACAGAUGUACACCACGUGGUACCUCGAUGUGUUCUUAAGGCGCGUUAUGACAGAUGGCAUAGUCUACUCUCCGAGGAGAAUGGCAUUCGUCAACAGACCUGGGAUGCCAUUUAGAGCCGAAGAGUACACCGACGUCAACGAGCUCCAAGCGUUGGCCGAGCUUCUUGGUGCUUACGGCAUGAGGUACCUUGGCGAGAAGAUGAUGCUUCAGAUCGCCAGUCAAGUCGGUGAGCUCAAGAAACUCGUUAUAAUGAACAAAGAUGUGCUUGUGGCGCUGCGCACGAAUUUCGAUAAACCGGAGCAGUGCAUCGAGCUGAUCAGACGCCUCCGAAAUAUGGAUGAUGUCAUGCUGCGGAUGAUCAUCAUCGGUGUCAUCCUCUCGUUCCGUCAGCUCAUUCAGCAAGCUCUAGACAGCGUCCUGAAGACGAGAGUACCAUACAUGAUGAGUUGCAUCACCGACAUGAGGAAGAACUUCCCACAUGGAAACAACGACAGACAGGUUGUCGACGAGAUGGCAACGUCCGCUGGUCAAGAGUGCGUUGUGGAUCCGUUGCUCUGUGCCGCGCUCAGGACCCUGAAAGAGAAAAAAUCGGAGGAUGACAUCUUAACUUGGUCUUUACUGCUGGUAUUUGUCGCAGUUGGUCUUCCGUCUCUAGCGUACAAAGACGCGUCUGAAUACAACGGUGAACUCGAAGCACACGACAAUAACGCGCACUGCAUUUCAAGCUCCAUCAACAGCAUCACGGGGGCCCUGUGCAGCAAUAAUGGGGACAAUCCUGAGGAUAGAUUGCGAGAAUUUCUGGCGAUUACCUCGUCCAGUCUACUAAAACUUGGCAUGGAAGCCGAGAAGGACCUGAAAGCGCGGGAAUCGGUUUACCUCCUCCUAGAUAUGGUUGUGCAGCAGUCGCCGUACCUGACCAUGGAUGUGCUCGAGUCGUGCUUCCCAUACGCUCUGCUCAGGAAUGCCUACCACGAGGUCUACCAGAAACGAAAAGAGCCUUUUCUUUGAAGUAUCAUUUAAGUGAACCAAGACGACCCCUCGCCCCUCCUUGCUGCUGGUUCCAAGUAAAACCGCAAAGCAGCAGCAUGUUUUAGUGCACAGUGUAAAGAGGAGUUCAUUCAGGCUGACAAUCCAGCGGUAAAGGUAAAAUAGCGUACAUUAAUGGAGAGUCUUGACAACAAACAACAGCGAAACAUCGAAUAAAAGGUGCGCAAGUGAGUUCUUUGACUUCCGCCUGCUCGCCCGCUGUUUAGUACUUCGUCCAGUCCUUUACCUACGCCACUUGGCAUUGGACGGUAAAAGCGGAAAAAUAUAUCAACAAUUCAUUAUCAACAGUAAAAGGCGCCCAGAAUGCAGGGUUUAAAUCACAUAUAUUUUUACUUGCUAAUAUUCCUAUGAUACUCAUGAUCAAAGUAUAGAUAGCUAGAAUGUAAAACUGUAUUCUACAUUAUGUAGGUAGCCUGCAUUAUUUUCGUAAUAAAUGUUUUUAGAAAAGUGUUAAUGCUUCAAGUGCUCCAUGCACGUUAUCUCACCCCUUUAACUUCUACUGACAGACAGGCGUGGCAUGUUACGGACUUAGGUGCUUAUUUUUACCGAGAUGCAAAGCUGGUUCACUGUAUUUGCAACGUCGUUAUUUCAUGGAUCAUUCGUGGACGCCCGAACCGCCAACUUUAUUAUGUUUUUACAUAAAUUUGCUAAUACGCUUUUUAAAAAUAAAGAAAUCUUAUUUCCAACUUCUGCACUAGUGGAAGGAUUAUAUCUAUAUCUAUACCUAGUUAGCGAGGUCGGGCAGAAACAAACAAGUGACACCAA